AUGUCGGACUACCCUUCCGAUGAAGUUGCCGAGGACUACAAGUGCUCCCUGGAAGACUUGAUCUCCAAUGACCGUUUCCAAAUCAGCAAUUUGACUGUCAUCGCCAAAGAGAACACUGAACAUGCCGAGGCCAUUUCAAAAGUCCUGCAGGACCAUAUCGGAAAGACCCCGCCUCACUCGAAACUGCCCGCUCUUUAUGUAGUUGAUUCCAUUGUGAAGAAUGUCGGAACUCCAUACACGCUUUUUCUGGGACGGAAGAUGUACACAACCUUCCUGAACGCGUACACUUUGGUCGACUCUCCAACUCGGCGCAAAUUGGAUGAAAUGUUGAAGACUUGGAAGGAGCCCGUUCCCGGCUCACUGGAUACACGCCCCGUCUUUUCCCCUCAGAUCACUCGCGAUAUCGAGACAGCCCUCAUUAAAGCUCGCACGAAGUUUCUUGAUUCUGAACGCCUGCGACGUCAGCCCGAAGUUAGCCGUGGUCGAGGCAGUGCGACUCCCACGGGUCGGCAGCAUACACACCAGCAGUCGACCAUGUCUCGGACAAAUCAUUAUGGAAAUCAUGCAAACAUUCCAAAGACUUCGACACCUCCAGGCAACCACUCCGAUGGAGACAUGGCAGCUCUGCACCAGGACUUGGAGAGAUUGAUCUUUGCAGCCCGAACUGACUUUGGGAAUAAUCCCUUCAGCCAAAUUAGCCAACAGCGACUCAAAUCACUACUUGAUCUGCAGGGAAUUAUGCAAAACCAGCGUCUGAAACCAGAAGAACAAAUGCUUGUUCGGGAUCAGCUCGCCGCGUUCAAAUUUCCCCAUCCAGUAGUUGCUCCUUCUGCUCCUGCUCCCAACCCUCCAGUGUCCGCCCCAGCUCCCGUCUCAACACCACCUGUUCAAUCCAAUCCAGCUCUAUCCUAUCUUCUGAAUUCUGAGACCAUUGCCGGGCUUCUUAAGGCCACAGCCAUCAAUCAGCAACCCACUCCUCCGCAGAUCCCCAAUGUUCUCUCUCAUAUGCCUCAGAUUCCUACCACCACCAGCACCCCACAAUCGGCAGAGAACCCCUUGAUCGCUGCUCUCAGAUUACGGGGGCUUUUGCCUCCUGCAUCCGCGCCGCCAAUGAUGAACUCCGGCGGGUCGGCUCCCGCUGGAGGCCUCCCAUUCCUUAUUCCCGGCCAACUUCGAUGUACACCACCCGUGCCCACCCCUCAGGCACCUACUCCAGUCAAUGUCUCGUCAACAAUUCCUAUGAACUCCUCUUCCAUGAAAAUUCAUCGAGUCGCACUGGUCGCAUCUCUCUAUGAGGCGAAAUCAAACAAAUGUGGAACCUGUGGCCGCCGUUUUUCAGCAACCGAGGAGGGUCGCGAACAGAAAGCCAGACAUUUGGAUUGGCAUUUCAAGACCAACCAGCGCAUGGUCGACGCUAGCCAGCGAGCUCAGACUCGCAGCUGGUAUGUCGAUGAAGGAGAUUGGAUUCAAUCUCGCGAAGUUGAUGAUGACCAAGGCAUAGCUGACUCCGAAGGCAAUGCUGAAGGAGCCGCCGGCGCUGAAGGUGAUGCAUCCAAGCAAGGACCGCCCAAGCAGUGGAUUCGAGCCCCGAAUGAUGCCAUGCUCCGCAAUACCCCCUGCCCUAUCUGCCAGGAGAAAUUCGAAUCAACCUGGUCCGAAGAAGUGCAGGAUUGGAUCUGGCAAGAUGCUGUUACUGUUAAUGGUCGAGUUUAUCAUGCCAGCUGCUACGAUGAGGUUACUAAAGAUGGGCCGGCUCCACGUAGCUUUACCCCGCAGGCACGCACUGGGACUCCGGAUUCUGUGCUGGGCAAGCGAAAGGCAGAGGGCAUUGAAUCUCCUGGGCAGAAAGUACGCAUUAAGACAGAGCAUUGA